AGGGUUAGGAACUUUUUCUAGGCAUACUAUACUUACACACUUACAGAAAAUUCAGUUCUGUUCGUGCUGUCAGUAAGUUCGCAGUGCUUCGUUAUUUAACGAUUCAAAUAUUUUCUUACCUUAAACUGCAAAUAAAUUUAUCAAUUGAAUUUCAAUAAUUUUUAUCACAUCGAAUCUAUUGUCGCUCAUUCACUUCAACGAAAACAAGAUGGAGAUCAUAGCAAAUGUAGAAUUUGAAAACAUAAAUUUAACCUUCGUUAAGGAUCUAUUUAACCAAUCACCACAUCUCGGCGUCAACACAGUAUUCUGGAACCCUAUGAGUAUGCGCAAAAACUCACCAUCAACACUUCUCCUGAUUGCUUUACGUAAUAAAGACGAAGAACUAUUCAAUUACUUGAUAGCCCAAAAAGCUGAUGUUACUAUUAACUGUCAUCACGGUACUCCAUUACACGAAGCUGUAAGACAGAAUAACUUUGACGUAAUUAAAAAACUAAUAGCACUCGGUGCUGGCGUGAACGUGUGUGCUGAUGGCACUGGAGAAACGCCAUUAUUCUGUGCUGUUCGUCAAAAUGAUUAUGAAAUGUCUAAAUAUCUCAUUGAACUUGGCGCUGACGUUAAUCUCAAGUGUUCUAAGCCCAAUUACAUGGUCGGUGAGACACCAUUACAUGCGGCAGCUCAUCUUGGAUAUGAAUCUAUAGUUGAAUUAUUAUUGAAUAACAAUGCUGUCGUUGAUGCCCGAGCAGAAGAUGGGAAUACGCCUCUUUUGGCUGCUGCUUUUCGUGGGCAUACCAAUGUGAUGAAACUUUUACUGGAGCAUGGAGCUGAUCUUAACAGCAGAACCAAAAGAAGUCAUCGGAUGGUCUCAGUUUUACAUGAUGUUCUUUUUGCUACUAAAUCUGAAGUUCUCGAAUUUCUAUUCAAUCUGGAUAAUGAUGCAACUGAUGUUAAUACGUUAACGAGAAAGAAUAUGUCGCUACUUCACUGUUUCCUUAAGUAUUUUGGAGGGGUAGGAUGGGUUAUUCAUACUUUACUUAAUGCUGGCGUCGAUGUGAAUACUUUAGAUUGUGACGACAAAUUAGCUAUUGACUACAAGAAAAUCGGAUAUGAUGCACAGGGAAACCCCCAGGUUCAUCCUGAUAUUGUGAUUGUUCAACAGCAUAUUGUUAAGUUAAUGCUUGCUGGUUUGCCUGUUUGUGAAAGAAAUGCUCAAUCUGUAGAGGGUGAGAAAUUUGAUAAAUGCCGCCUUGAUUGUAAGAAAGAAUUAGAGGUUAUGAGAAAAACUAAUGUUGGUGCGAAACAAAAUAUCACGUAUUAUGAUGUUUUAACUAAAGCUGAUGAUGAAUUAUGUACUAAUCUAAAAUAUCCGGAAUUUGAAAAAAGCGCUGAAAGAGUUAAAUUGCGUGAAAUGUUCCCAUUGUAUGGAGAAAUGAUUUGGUUCAAAUUGUAUAGAAUCAUGCGUAAGAUUCACUCGAUGGAGAUUACUUCUUUAGAGCGUCCGAUUAGUAAACUGUAAAGUUCCGAGCCUGUAAUUCAUUAAAGUUUAACUGCAAUUUUAUAUUUUUGUUAUCAUUGUUUUUUUUUCUUCAAGUAUUAGCAGCAGUAAUUUAAUAAAAUAAUUUCUAACAUUCAAAAAAUUACUGGAACCAUAAUUUAAUAAUCAUUUUCAC